AUGAGCGCGGAGGUCAAGCGUGGUUACCAAGAUGUCACAGGUCGCUCCGCAGCAGCCGUCAUGCCUCAUCCUGGGGGACGAGAUCGAGAGCGGGAAUGGCCCAACGCGCUCAUAAAACGCUACCGCAUCGAGGUCGCUGCCAGCACAUCCAGCGUCUUCUCUACCCUCGCCGCCUUCCCUCUCGACAGCGUCAAGACACGCAUGCAGACGUAUCAGUAUCGAGGCUUCCUGGAUUGCGUCCAGCACACAUACCGCACCGAGGCUCUGGCGGGGUUCUUUCGAGGCGUCACCGCCCCCAUGGCGAGCAUCACGCUCGUACGCACCGUCUCCUUCUCGAUAUACCGCAGAGCAAAACACGUCUAUUCCGGCUGGAUCAAACAAAAGUCUGGCUUCGACAUCCACCGCCACGUCAGCACUCCUGGAACAUAUCCCAAUCUUUAUUCGGUGGCCUGCUUCGGUGCCGCUGGCGCUACAGCAGGGUCUGCAAUCACGUUUUUGGCCUGUCCGUUUGAACUCACAAAACUCAGCGCUCAGGUUUCUGUGCUGCUGGCGGAGCGUUCCGGGGACUGCAAACGAAGUCGCGAGGUAGCCAAGAGCUACCAGAAUAAGGGGACGUUGAAGACUAUGGCCAAUAUCAUCAAGCACCGGGGAGUAUUGGGACUCUAUACCGGCUUCCAGCUACAUCUUUUGCGUGAUACUUUGGGUACGGCCAUCUACUUUAUGGUGUACGAGAGCGGAAAGCAGCUCGGAACAACAUUCGCUGGGGAUAGUCCAAAUAGCAACAAGUUGGCUGUCGUUACCGCCGGAGGCCUUUGCGGGUUGGUCUCAUGGGCCAUGAUUUAUCCCAUCGACUCGGCAAAGAGCAUCUACCAGAGGAACGCCCUUCUUUACUCACGCGGGGAAAAGGUCGAACCGGCCCCGAAAAUCGAAUUCUUCAAGCGUCACAUGUACCGCGGCCUGGGCGUCUCCAUGAUCCGGUCCUGCGCCGUCAACGCCAUUUUCUUCUCAUCCUUUGAAAUCAUCAAGAAGCGCAUCAAGAGUCUCGACGACGAGAAGCCUUGA